AUGAGCGACUCUGACGAUGACAAUUUUGAAUAUGCCAAUUUAUCAGACAGUUUCAGCGAUGAGAGUGAUGAUUUCUUGAGUGAUGGAAGUGAAUCGGAAGAUAAUGACAACGAGAUUUUGGAUAUAGCAAGGAAUUGGUAUCAAAUUAGUAUAAAUCAACCAAACGUUGCACCACCGAGAUUUCGAUUUGAAGCUAACCCUGGCUGUUGUUUUACUCUGACGGAUUACGAUGAUGCUUUGUCAUACUUUGAAUUAUUUUUUGAUAACUCUCUCAUGGACAUAAUUCUAACUGAAACAAACAGAUAUGCAUUUCAACAUCCAGGAUCAUCACAGAACCUAUGGUCACCGAUUACUAUGGAAGAAUUAUACAUAUUUUUAGCCAUAACUAUACUACAAGGUAUAAUUAGAAAGCCUGAGAUAAGGAUGUAUUGGUCAAAAGUUGAAAUUUUUCAAUCACCUAUUUUUCCGAAGCUCCUUAGCUUUCGUCGCUAUUCUGAGAUAAAAAGAUAUCUUCACUUCUCUAACAAUGAAACUUACGAUGCUGAGAUUCACCCCCAUCCCAAGCUCAAUAAGAUAUGGCCUGUAUUUGACCAUAUAAAUAAAAAGUGUUCUUUCUCUGUAUAUACACCGGAAAGAGAUAUUGCAAUAGACGAAAGUCUACUACUGUAUAAAGGGCGAAUGAAAUUGGAAGCAAUAUAUACCACUGAAAUGAGCUCGUUUCGGAAUAAAGAUGUACCUUUUUGUGAAAAUCAAAAACCGGUUACUUAUAUUCAUCCAUUAUAUAUACCAGGAAAAGGAACGAAUAUGAGCGAUGCAUAUCGAGAAAUGCCGGUAUCAACUCAAGUGAGUGUUGUCACUGAUUGA